UAUUGUCCUUUGUUAUUACCACUUCUCCGUAUGAGACAUCUUCAACCACUAACAAUGAGCAAACAUGCGCUACCCUCCUCGCGUGGAUUCUUCCAUGAACUCGCGUCUAGAAAUAAAGCUCCUAUUUUACCCCCAAACCACAUUCGAAAUUACUCCAACUACGUUAGCCUACUCUCCUCAUGCAAGACGCUGAACUCUCUACUUCAAAUUCAUGCACGUUUGACAGUGUCAGGCCUUCAAAAUGACCAUUUAACUAAUGCCCACCUCAUCAAAUCUUACCUAUUGUUUCUGAAAUGUAACUUUGCUCGCUUUCUGUUCGAUUCUUUGCCAAACCGAAGUGUCAUGCUAUACAAUUCAAUAAUUAGAGCGUAUUCGAGAACAAAAAAUCACCAAGAAGCUAUAAAUAUAUACCAUUGUAUGCUGAAUAAAGGCUUGGAGCCAGACAAGUAUACUUUCACCUUUUUUUUGAAAGCUUGUACUGGUGCAUUAUACUUUAAAGAGGGUAUUUUGGUACAUAAGGAUAUAAUCGUUAGAGGAUUAGAGCGUGAUGCUUUUAUUGGGACUAGUCUUGUUGAUAUGUAUUGUAAAAUGGGUGAUUUAAAGUUAGCUAGAAAAGUGUUCGAUAAAAUGCCUGAGAAAGAUGUUGUAGCUUGGAGUGCAAUGAUUUUGGGAUUGUCACAGAGCGAGGAUCCUAAUGAGGUAUUUGGGUUCAUUAGGAGUAUGCAGUUGAGUGGAGUGGAGCUCAAUUUAGUUAGCAUUUUGAACUUGGUUCCUGCCGUUUCGAGACUGGGUGAUAUUGAUGCCUGUAGGUGUAUUCAUGGAUAUGUGAUUAGAAGGGGUUUUGAUGCAGUUGUUUCGAAUGGUUUGAUUGAUAUGUACUCCAAGAGUGGGAAUAUAGAUGUUGGUCGCCAGAUUUUUGAGUAUAUGCCAGACAAGGAUAAUGUUUCAUGGGGAACGAUGAUGGCAGGGUAUGCACAUAGCGGAUGUUUUCUUGAGGUUUUGGAGUUGUUUGAUCGUGGGAGAGGAGAGAAUGUUAGGAUGAAUAAAGUAUCUGUUACAAGUGCUCUUACGGCUGCUGCAGAGAUGAGAUCAUUAGGGAGAGGUACAGAGAUCCAUGACUUUGCCAGACAACAAGGGAUAGAUUCAGAUGUUGCAGUUGCUACUCCUAUAAUGACUAUGUAUGCUAGAUGUGGAGAGGUGGACACAGCUAAGCAGUUGUUUCAGGGAAUUAAAGGGAGGGAUUUGGUUGCCUGGUCAGCAAUUAUAGCUGCUUUCGUUCAAUCAGGGUAUCCUCAAGAAGCACUGUCACUGUUUCGAAGUAUGCAGAACGAAGGUUUGCAAGCAAACAAGGUCAUUCUCUUGAGUUCUCUUCCAGCUUGUGCUGAAGUAUCAUCCCUGAAAUUGGGGAAAAGCAUGCACUGCUGUGCUGUCAAGGCCAAUGUUGAUUUAGAUAUUUCAGUUGGAACAGCGUUGGUCUCCAUGUAUGCUAAAUGUGGAUUCUUUGCUUUGGCACUGACUCUAUUUAAUAGAAUGCCAUUUAAAGAUGUAGUGACAUGGAAUGCUAUGAUAAAUGGGUACGCCCAAAUUGGUGAACCAUUUCCUGCAUUAGAGAUGUUCCAUAAAUUACAGCUAUCUGAAUUACAUCCAAACUCAGGAACUAUGGUGGGUUUGCUUCCAGCAUUUGCUCUUCUAAAUGACCUGGACCAAGGAUCCUGCAUCCAUGGGAAAAUUAUAAAGUGUGGUUUUGAAUCUGAAUGUCAUGUAAAGACUGCUCUCAUUGACAUGUAUGCUAAAUGUGGAAGCUUGUCCAGGGCCGAGUUCUUGUUUCAUAGAACAGGGUGUAGAAAGGAUGAGGUGUCUUGGAAUGUGAUGAUUGCUGGAUACAUGCAUAGUGGACAUGCCAAAGAUGCCUUUUCUGCUUUUUGCCAGAUGAAAUUAGAGAAUAUCCAACCUAAUACAGUCACAAUCGUGACUGUCGUUCCUGCAGUAGCGCAUCUGUCAGCCAUAAGGGCUGGCAUGACUCUCCAUGCAUAUGUUAUCCGAAUGGGAUUUCAGUCUAAAACACCUGUUGGUAAUUGUCUUAUCGAUAUGUAUGCUAAAUGUGGAUGGCUUGAUCACUCUGAAAAGAUAUUCCAUGAGAUGAAGAAUAAAGACACUGUCUCAUGGAAUGUUAUGCUUGCGGGAUAUGCAGUUCAUGGGCGCGGGAGCUGUGCUAUUGAACUUUUCUCACGCAUGCAGUACAGUGAAAUCAGGCUCGAUUCUUUUUCCUUCAUCAACGUUUUAUCAGCUUGCAGGCAUGCAGGUUUAAUUGAAGAAGGAAGGAAAAUAUUUGAUUCCAUGAGCAAACAGCAUCAGCUUGAACCAGAUUUGGAACACUAUGCUUGCAUGGCGGAUCUACUAGGUCGUGCUGGAUUAUUUGAUGAAGUUUUGGACUUGAUCAAGUCAAUGCCAAUGAAACCUGAUGCUGGAGUGUGGGGAGCCUUAUUGGGGGCAUCUACAAUGCAUUCGAAUGUGCAGUUAGCAGAAUUUGCACUGGAUCAUCUUGACAAACUCGAGCCUAAAAAUCUGACACAUUAUGCAGCUUUAUCAAAUACAUAUGCUAGAUCUGGAAGGUGGGCAGAUGUAGGCAAUACAAGAUCAAAGAUAACCAAAACAGGACUAAGGAAAAGUCCAGGAUAUAGUUGGGUUUGAGGUUAAAGAUACAGAUGUUUUAAGAAUUUCCAUGCUUGCUCUGGGUGAGAAUUAAGUGCAUUCUGGAAUGUUUUACUCGAAAAGAUGGAGAACUGUGUGCAGAAUGCAAAGGAAGAGGAUGCAAAACUAUUUCUUAUAAGCUUCAUGAAGGCGCUCGGUCAACCAAGACAUAUUUGGACAAGAAACCAAGACAACCUUAUGUUGACAUAAUAUCAAGUGCCACAUAUAAUUUUCAGAAAGGAAAGACGGAGAAGGAAACAUAAAAAGUAGAAUGGUGACUGGCAAGAUAAAUUUUUUAUUUUAUUUUAGGACGCCUUUUGUGUUCAUGAAAUUCUUACUGGCUCCCAUAAAGUUGGAAGAAAAAAUUUGCAUUCACAGGGAUUGUCUAACAAGUGAUGUAUCAUCCAUGUACCCAUCAUCAACGUUGUUCACAACCUCGUUGGAUGCAAUUAUGAUAUAUUCUUGGAUGGUUGUAAAACAGAGUUGAUCGCACAAAUCAAUUUGUUGUACUAUACCAAUGUACAGUAACUUUUGGAACAAAAACAUGCAGGCCAAGUACCUUGCUCCUUUU